AUGGUCGUCAUAUCCAAGUUCACGGGCUGCUGGGCCCUCUGGGCUCUGGCUUCGCUCGGUCGGCUCACUCCUGUCGCCGGCUAUCUAUCGCAAGAUGCCGCCAGUGUUUCCGUGUCCAACACAACCAACCUCACACGCGGGGGUUACGUUCCCGACAUAGUCCCAAAGCCAUUCUACGCCAUUGCCAACAGAGUACUCACCAAGCAAGGUGCCUUCGAUGCUCUGCAAAUGGGGGCCAACGCCCUAUACAUCCCCGUCUGGGGAUGGAUACACACCGGAUGGUGGGCCGACUAUGAUGGCAGAGGCCGCUCCGCAGGGGAUAAAGUCGAGAAUCUAUUCAAAGAGAUUGUCAAGUUUCGCAUCGAGGGCAGAAACAUCUGCCUCGUCUGGCUGGACCUUCGGAGCCCGGACUGGUGCACGCCGCACUACCCUCGCUGCAUAUUCGACAGGCUGAUCGGUUUCUCUCGCAAUAUUCUUCAGAGCCAAGGCAUCUACGUUCUCUACGGGUUCCACCUCGAGAGCGUCAAUGGGAGUGCCUAUGCGUCCCUCCAGGACGACCUCAACGACAUGGAGGCCAUCUCUCUCGAGGGUGAGCUGGCAGAGGUAAAUGCUUCCUUUUGGAAAUACGGACCCUCGGCACCCGACAGUCGGGUCAUGUCGUACGGAUAUUUCAACUUGGCGACGCCGCGCUUCGGCCACUGCAACGAGGAGAGGUUCUAUGUUUGCUCGGAGCUCAAACGGGGCGCCAAGAGCAGGGACGAUGUUGGCAAAACAUACGCCUGGACCGUGUCGGGUGAUCAGUCCGUGUACGUCGACAGGCUGAUGGAUGCUGGUGUCGAUGGCCUUGUUUUCGGCUUCAGAACCAUCGACUUUGACGAGCACGACGCGCCGUUUUUCGCCUUUAGGAAUAUCAUUGACUGGAUCGACAGUCAUCCGUACCGGUAUUUGGCCAACAUUUACGAUAAGCCGUGGGAUCGACGUCUAAAUAAUGAGUCGGAUAAUAAGUAA